CAAUUGCUUAUAAUAGUUGGGUUCUUCGGCUUGAUUAGUUUAACCGGAAUAAACUUUUAUUUUGCCUUUGCCAAAAAUGCACAUCACAACGGGCAAGACAUUUGCGCUGCUGAAAGGACCUUUCCGUGAUUGUCUUUUUCAUAGUAGGAGAUGUCCAGCUGUUCAACAAUUGCACUUAAGUGUCGCAAUGGGAAAUUAUGUGAAUGAAGCCUCAAUUCCCCUUCCAAUCAAUGUGGACUCUGCGGAAACAACUCGAUUCUCCCCCCAGCGCUCGCGUGACAUUUCGUCUACAGUGAUUAAUGCACAAGCACCAAUCUCAAGCAUUGAUAUCACAAUUGACAACAGUUUUCACGCAGUCCCAAGCGACUCAAAUAUUUGUAACGAUCCACAUGUACAGUCCUAUGAUUGUUUCGGGUCGAUCAGUCUUAAUUCCGCGAUGCAAAGCAAUGUACCGACACCGUUUGGGGGGCUCAACAAAUUUUCUCAUCUGAACAUGCCUGGCGGACAAUGGUCCCAGGAAUUUAAAUUUACAGCGCAAAACAUGCAGUGCUCUCACUACAGCGCUCUUCGCGAUAGCUUGCGAGCGGAUUGGGCGACUUACGAUCAAAAUGCUACUCUUAAAACGAAUGACCAAGGGUUUUUUAAUCGAAGAAAUUAUAGCACGCAAUCGCCUAUGCAAAACUCUUCCACAAAUGCAAGUACAGGUGCAAAACUAAGUAAAAGUGAGCAGCUGAAGAAGGCAUUUAAGGAAUAUGGAGCGCCUAUUGUGGCCUUUCACGUAGGAAUUUCGCUGAUUUCUCUUGGCGGUUUCUAUGUGCUUGUAUCAAGUGGGAUAAACUUGGUCCCAGCUCUGGAGUGGAUUGGAAUUUCAUCAUCCGCCAUUUUAGAAAAAGUGGCAACGGGGAGCACCUUUGUUGUCGCCUAUGCUGUACACAAAGUCUUUGCCCCUGCUAGAAUAAGUAUCACGUUAGGUUCUGUGCCAUUUCUUGUACGCUAUAUUCGAUCUAAGAAAUCGCAAAUAACAAAGCCAAAAAAUACUUAGAGCUAAGAAAAAUGAAUUCCUAUAAAUAAGGGAUAUAAUUUUUUAUAAUUUGUUUUUUAAUCUUUAGAUGGAAAGGUUUAUUUAUAGGAACUACUACCAUCUAGGCAGUUUAAUCUAAUGAGAAAUUAUUUGUUAAGCUGAUAAGCAUUUUAAUUAGCUAUUUCAAAGCAAUAAAAAGACGAGGUUUAUAAAGCGA